CACAAUCAUUCCCAGACUCCGGAUUCUACGUGUGUGACUAAAGACUAGAGAAUGUACUGAAAGUCAGUUUCGGACGUUUUAGUGCGAUUUGAAAAAAAGGCGAAGCGGUAUUUUCUUCCUUAUCCCCCCUUCAAGACGGACCAGUUUGGACUCUACCGACUUACCGCAAUAAGGUGGGCUUACCCCAAGUUUGAAUUGACACACGAGUCUCAACCCGAAAGUAACUUCGUGAGGCUAGAGGACUUUAUAGCCACAGCUGGGACAAAUUUUCUCUUCAUUUGAAAAGAAAGGAUGUAUCGAAACUUUGGGAAUCAAGGACGAGGCAACCCGGCCUACUCAGGCAGCAGCUCUGGGUCAAACACCGGAUCACACACCAGCACCACAACUACACAACAGGAGCAGAAAUUUGCCAUAGCAGGCAGCAGCCAGUUUGUACCAAGCCUCAAUGCCAUCACAUCCAGCCAGGACCUCCAGUGGCUGGUCCAACCCUCCCUUAUGCAUUCACCGGGCCCUUCAAGAUCACCAGUACCUCCUUACCCAACCCUCUCAGGGGCCCGGGCGAUGGGUCCACCACCUUCCCAGUCCCAUCUUCUCAGACCAGGGGUCAUAAGAGCAGCUGCAAAUACUACAGCUUCAACAAGGCGCAGAAACGAUGAACAUUUAUCCCAUGAAGAGAUGGAAAGACGCAGAGUAAGAAGGGAGCGGAAUAAAUUGGCUGCAGCAAAAUGUCGCAAUCGCCGACGGGAGCUCACAGACUCACUGCAAAAUGAGACUGACCAGCUGGAGGAUGAAAAAUCCCGUUUACAGAAGGAAAUAGCUGAAUUGCAAAAGGAGAGAGACAAGCUUGAGCUUGUCCUGGAAGCUCACCGUCCCAUCUGUAAAAUAGAGGAUUCCGAUUCAGAUUCUGACCCAAAUCCAUCAAUUUCCUCUUUGGGAGGCGUCAAAAUGGAGCAAGAGGACUCCAGCAGACCUGGAACCUCAACCAAACUUCCAACAAAGAUGGAGAAACCCAAACCAAAGAUAACUCUCCCCACCAAGCCUGUGACAUCAUCGGCCUCUGCUGUUGCCACUGAAUCAGAGUCGCUCCACACCCCGAUUCUCACAUCCACUCCCUCGCUAAUGGCAUUCACAGCCGGUAUGGUUUUCACUUAUCCCUCUGCCUCUUUAGACACCAGCGCCUCCAUCACGUCCCAUGCUACAUCACAUCAGGGAAAUGUCCAACAGUCUCAUGCCCCACAGCCCUGUGGGAUAGCUCAUCGCCGCAGCAGCAGCAGUGGUGACCAAUCAGAUCACUCCCUGCACUCCCCGACUAUCCUCACAUUGUGACUGACGGCCCUGUGAUCCUGGCAAAACACUAAUGUUCAUUUCAACGUAGUCCAUGUCUGUGUGUGUGUGACAAAAAGGAUCUCUGGGAAACCUGACCUAAAUGAAAACGAUGAUUGUAAUAACCAUUUCAAAAUGAACUAUGUGCAUCUGCUUCAUUUAAUAUCUUUAGAAAAUGUAUUCUUUUUAUUAAUAGAUAACACACAAAUUAGUGGCAUUAUCAGGAUAUGAAUGUUACACUCUUUUUAGAUUUGAUAUAAAUAUAGACUUUAUAUUUUAAAAGCUAUGAGGUAGAAUGGGUAUGUUUGAGGUGAAGAAUUGCAUGCACAAUAUAUUCUCAACAAAAGCCUUUUACAAAUAACUGAUAACACCAUCUAAUGAUAGAUAAAAAUAAUAUUUAUAAUAAUUAUACUUUACAUUAUGUUGCAUUUAAUGACUUGUUACAUUUUUAUGUCAUGUUAUGUAACACUUUAUAAAUGUCCUCACCAAGGCAUAUAGAGAACUUAUUGGUUUUUUUUCUAUAUGAAUCUUAAGAAUUCUAAUAUAGUCUAUGCAAAUCAUUGACCACUAAGGCUGGGCCAUAGGAGUUGAUAUAGAUUACAUGAUCACAUAUUUAUUUUUUAAGAGUGUAAUAUAUUUUUGAUAAUGUUUUAAUUUUCUGUGGCAAUUGAACUGUUAUGGUGGGCAGUGCCUUACUUUUAACUUUUGUCAAAGCUGUACUACUUCACAGAUAAUAAAGAACAAAUGUUCAAAAAUGUG